GUGGCGAAGAAGGCUUGCAAAGAUAACGAAGAGAUUGAAGCACUUGUAGAAUUAUCAGCAAUGAAGUGCGGUGCACUGCUACGGUUUAAGGUGACCCCUCUGUUGCUGCUGGUUCCUGGGAAGCUAUCGCAGUACGAGCAAGAGGCGUACGAGGCGCACCGGCGCUUUACAGAUUCGCAAACUUAUCCCGGUCCAAUCCGUUCAGCAACACCUGGAGACACGCGCUUCUACCUUGGUAGCGUCGAAACGAUUCUCCAAGACAAUGAUCGGCAUUAUUGGCGUGCAGUUGUGGACGAUCCACAAAUUCAGUAUCUUGUUCCGCUGCGGAUUCGCUUCAAAACAUUUAUUUGGGUAACCACAGGCUGGGAGAAACGGAUGCAAGUGGUUCAGGUAAUGGCUCAUCGCGAUUCCACAAUCGCAGAACUGAUGCAACAGGUACGGAUUGAGAAUCAGUCUCCCUAUCUCUGCACCUCCUCCUUCAAAUUGAGCAUUGACGGGCGUGAGCUGGACGAAGUCAAGACAUUAGCAGACUAUGGCAUCGAUGAGUUUUCCCGGAUUGACGCAGUUGAGGAAAACGAUCACCUGCUUCACACGGAGGCUGAACGCCCGAAGGACUGGAACGUGGACGAGAUGACGGAGGACACACUGAAGAAGAGUCCGUAUAAGGAGAUGUCUAUGCAGCCUCAGCCGAACCUUGCACCGCGCUACGAGGCAAAACCAAAUGGCUUUCACGGUAGAAAUAAUUAUAGUGGGAUGAAGCAGAAUUCUUAG